AGUUCCGUCGUGACCGUGCAGUCGUGCAGAAGCUGGCCGCCAUCUUUCUGCGGGCUGGUGCCGAAGUGUACUAAGCGAAAGUGAUUACAAAUCUAUUGAAAUAAUUGACAGCUAUCGUCCUACAACUUUAUGUGAAUUUCCCAGCAGCUAUAUCUAUCAGCUAACCUCCACCAUCAUAUCUGCAUGAAGGGAAAGGAAAAGUGAGAGUAAGCAAGGAAAACUGCCGCCCGACAGAAUCAAAGGAGGCCGUGUGCGGUGUCGUGUGGCAUAUGACAGCUUGACACUGUGUGUGUGUGCGUACGUGUGUUUGGGAUCAGUGUGUCAAAUCAAAUCGUGCACAAGAGUUAACUAAGUAGAGACCGGUGAAACAGUGCAGCAGUGCGCUGUACUCCGCUGACUAGGCAGCACUAGUCGACCGAGUCCCUUCAAGAAGUUGGACGUACAGUUUCCCCCGCACAGUUUUGACAUUUCGCUUGAUGUAGCGAACGUUGGGGCGAAGAAAACGUGUGCAAUCAACACCGACAGGUGCCAUUUCGGGUUUCUCUUCGGCACCACAUUUAGUAAACGUUCGAUUGGAAACAACCAUCGAACUGUUCGAAUACCAGUAGAAACAAAAGGCAGACAGAAUAAGGUGCAGUGCCGAGUGUUAGUGCGAGAACGGAAAACCAGAACGCAGCCGAUGAUGACGACGUGAACCGGUGCUAGGGAUGCAGUAAUGAAGUGCAUACUCAACGGAAACAGCAUUAGCAGCACCGGUGAUGAUGAUGAAGCGAGCAGUUGACAUGCAGCAAGUGCAACGAAGUGAAAGAAGGCAUUCAAUCGUGGCGAUCGGUUCGAAGUUGUCAGAAAUUCAAUCGCAACCGAGUGUUGUUGGCCAUGGUGCAGUGGUAGUGUAAAGAGGCAAAAGGAAAGGAUAUCGCACCCUGCGUGCUCUGUGUACAUCUUGUUGCAAACGGUACACGGCGAAUUUUCGCUUUCGAGUGCAUUUUUUCGGUGGUAAGGUGUUGCCAAUUGAAACCCGGAAAAGGAAUUAGUUCAGUGCUGAUUGGUGAAAAGCGUAACCUGCGAGGUGCGGUUUCUUCGCGUCAGUGGAUAAAAUGGUGGAACAUAUUGGAAUAAUGUCGACAGCGGUGGCCUAUCCAGUGGCGAUACUGCUGUUACUAGCAGCAAGGAUGUCGUUAUGCGUGCCGGCACACUUCAUGGAUGUGGAGCAACACUUUCGAAACAGCAUCGAUUUGGACGCGGAACAAACCGAAGCCCGGUACGAUCAGGAGAUGCUCUCUGACAUCAUUAACGAUAACGAUCGUGGUGAGCUGCAGAAGGCGGAAUCAUGUCUGGUUGACGAUUACAAGUAUGACCACGGACAGAAGAUACAACGACUUGACCCGUGUGAAAUUUGUCUCUGUAUUGAUGGGGAAAUAUUCUGCUGGUGGAAACAGUGCGAUUCUUUCGCAAAGUCAGCUGAAGAAUCGGAAUCACAAAUAGGAUCUUCUCAACAAGUAUUAAAAGGUGAUCAAACUUCAUCAGAGUUGAUAUCAGAGGCAUCGAUCGCAACCAGCACAGCAAACGUAGUAGGCAUGCAAACGGCAAAAUCUCAAGGAUCCUCGGACUCAACAUCAAUGAACGGUAACGAUGGCAGCAACGGUGCAACACACCUAACACUAGCAGAUACACUGACCGACGGUGCAACUACGGUUGUUAGUAGUACAUUACCGAUCUCGACACCUUCAUCACGUGCGCAGAACGCAGAUCAUACUUCUUCAGAAGCGGUUACCCAUCACGGAUCGGUACACACGCCGGACACGAUCGAAGGAAUACCCAAAAAUAUUUUAAGCUUCCCUCAGACGCCUCCAAUAAUGAUGUACCGUCCGGUAUCUACGGGGCCAAUCACGAGCAUUCCACCUAGGGAGGGAAAAUUCGUGGACGGUGCUCGAAAAGCGAAACAUGGACCUAAGGUUGAUGAUCGAAUGACCGAAAGUAAAAAACCCAGUUACAAGUUGUUAUGCGAAUUCAAAGAAAUUAUUAGAAAACCUGCAUCUAAUGGUGAUCGUAAACCAACAGUGGCGAUUGCAAGUGACGCAUUACCGAAAGUGUUCCCAGUUGAUUCUAGCAGGAAAAAAGCGCUCAAGAAACCCUACGAUCAAUCGCUUGAUGAAACGUAUGCAAACAAUGGACAAAAUGGUUCUCAGGAUAAGGUACACACGGCUGGCUUAGAACAGCAACAGCAAUUUGGAGGUUAUGGAUAUGGCAUGAUUCGCGAACCAGAGUCCGAGCACCGAUCAACAUCGCAACGAAACCAUGAUCGAGAUGUUCCACAGCACUACAUUAUCACGUCGUCAGGACAUGUGGAAAUGUUCGACGAUAGUGGAGCGAUGGGCGGGCCAGAGGUUGGAACUGAAAAUCAGGACAUGCAUAUCCCGGACGGGCAACAGUAUCGAGACGUGCUGAGCUUCGAUGGACGAGUAUCUUCCCGGGUGGUGCAAGAUCAACCCUUAAACGGUUCGAAUGAUGAGGAUUCUGAUGACACGGACAGUGACGAAGAAGACACAGAAGAGGACACCGGUGAGCAACGUUCAGAAGAUGCUGGUGUUAUUGCACCAGCCAUCAUGCUAACGACAAAUGUUACCCAGGGGAAAUAUAGUCUUGGUGAAAGGCAGCCGUCUACGCAGUUGCCUGCCUCACCGGCGUCAGUUAUUGAUAUUCUCAAUUCAACGACACUCGAGACGGACUACGUCGAUGGGACGAACCAUUCGGAGCUGAUCUAUCCAGAAGUUCCUUCGAUUAGUAGUAGCAGUAGUAUUAGCAGUAGUACUACAAAAUCCCCCACGAAACAGGAGCAAAGUGAACAGCACUGUAUUGUUAUGGGUGUUACAUAUCCGGUGGGGGCAGUACUGAAACAAGAAACUGGAAACUGUUUGCAGUGCGUAUGUGUGGCUGGUCCGGAAAAUGAUCCGGCCCCAAGGGUAACGUGCACUCCGCUAAACUGUCCUCCCUUGAUACUGCCAGAUAUUCUGGAUGGGGCUGGAUUCUAAAGUGACAGUAGAGGGAAGAAUUAAUUGUUUAAAAUGGACCGAAAUGCAAGGCUUGCAUAUCCUGGCGAAUCAUCCUCAAUAGUAUCCUCGAGCAACGAGAAUGAUAUUAUGGGAAAGACAACAAUAAACGACGACGAUGUAGAUGAACAACACAACACUCAUCAACACAGUCAGAUGAACACUACUACUAGACAUUGCAUUGAAAACAAACAGGGGAUACUUACAUACAUAGCGGAUCAAACUAUUUAGCGUAGUGAGAAAAGGAGAAACUGACGAAGAAAAAAAAUCAGAAUAAUAACAAUAAGCUUCGUGAGUGAAGGAAUACAAUGUAGAGGACAACAACCAUAAGGAACGAUCAAACAAGCCGAUAAACGAUUAUAUCAAAUGGUAUCGUAGAACAGACCGUACCGAACGCUGGCACUAGUGAUACUAUUACAAGAAGGUGCAGUUUAGUGUAGCGAAAAGCAGGUGUGUUACGUUAAGAUCAUUUCUUUUUCGAUCUUCGUGUCCUGUAAUGAGCAAUUCUCGAUUAGAUGCAUAGAAAAUCUGUCAAAUUGUUCAAUGUGAAUAAAAGAAAGUUCUUACUGUCGGCGGAAACAUACACACACAGGGUCCGCUCAUCACAGCUCAGUGCUCCGGCGGGACACUAACCCUUAAAAGAAAUUCGUAUAAAAGAUGUGUGAAAUGCAUGUAGCAACAAAAAACUUUCAAUUCGACCAUGUAGUUCAAUACAAUAUUCUUUUAACGAAACAUUUAUGUGAGUUGGUUUGAUGCAGUAAAUGUACCACUUAUAAUCAGUUAAAUUACUAACAUAAUUUUUACCAGAAACUGUCAAACGAAUGAAUUAAAAAAAAGAUUAUAUCAGAAACAUGGAACACAACCUAGAAUCCGUAAGGGUUCGGAUGAAGGUCUAUUAAAAUAAGAUUACCAGCACUAAAGUGCUGCUAAAAUCUCUUCGCUACUGUGUGGAAUGUGGACUAGGAUUGGGUGCAGGAUUAGGCGUCAGGAUUGUUAGAAUGGAACCAUUUUCGUUUUCAUUUUGUUUUAGUUGAUGGUCGGCUUAGAAUUUGAAAACAGUCACGUACGCUACAGCUUAUUUGAACAGGAACAAAAUGACGUUUAGAAUGCAAUGAGAAUUCUUUGGAAUCGAACAAAAGGAUAAGAGUAUAUUUAAUUGGAGGAGAAAAGCGAAUGAAGCGAUUGUAGAAUUUUUGAAGAAUCUUGCAGUUAACAUUGUGUUACAUAUUUCCUUAACUGAAGUAAUUAUGAAAAAUUUGCUCUAUAACUGGAAAUGAAUUAAACAGUGGCAUAGUUUAUUUUCUUCUUCAAUUUUCUUCCCAACGACCGAGUGUAAUAAUAUUCCAAAAGAAAAACAAGAUUUUGUCUUCCAACACAUUCAUAAAGAAAUUUAUAUUUGACACUUGCAUUAUUAAGUUACUUUUUUAAUUUGAUGGUUCUACUUUCUAUUAACGCUGCAGCGUGGCAACUUCAACAUAUCCUUCACUCCGUAACAGUAUCGAAAUGAAGCUUGAGAAAUCAUUCUCCGAUUCAAUUUUGUUCAUUCUAACAUAUUACAAUUGAGCUACAUUAGGCGAAUAAAACGUGAGAACCAUGAAAAAAUGAGGGCAAGUUUAUUGAAUCAAACAGUUGAUGUAAAACAUGUAUAACUACGGACCUAUACUCUUUAUAUC